AUGCGUGUGCGUAUGCGCAUCAGCCUGCUGAUCCCUCCAGAGGCCAUCCCCAGGGGAAAGAUCUAUGAGAUAUAUCUCACCGCUCAGAGGAAAGAAGAUUUAAGGUUACCCCUGACGGGCUGCCAGACCCUGCUGAGUCCCAUAGUGAGCUGUGGUCCUCCGGGGGUGGUUCUGACGCGGCCCACAAUUCUCAGCAUGGACCAUUGUUCUGACGCCUGUCCUGAGAACUGGGCCAUCAGGCUGAAGAAACAGAACUACGAAGGCGUCUGGGAGGACGUCUUGAUGAUGGGGGAGGAGUUGAUCUCGGAGCCGUAUUACUGUCAGCUGGAGGCAGAGACGUGCAGAGUGUUCUCAGAGCAGUUGGGACGUUUCUCUCUGGUGGGAGAAUCUCUAAACAUGUCCGCAGCUAAGCGUCUCCGUCUGGUGCUCUUCUCUGACACAUACUGCUCUACCCUAGAGUAUAACAUCAGAGUCUACUGCAUGGAUGAUACACAAGAUGUCUUCAAGGAUAAAACCACACUAUUGAUGCAGGAUAAAACCACACUAUUGAUGCAGGAUAAAACCACACUAUUGAUGCAGGAUAAAACCACACUAUUGAUGCAGGAUAAAACCACACUAUUGAUGCAGGAUAAAACCACACUAUUGAUGCAGGAUAAAACCACACUAUUGAUGCAGGAUAAAACCACACUAUUGAUGCAGGAUAAAACCACACUAUUGAUGCAGGAUAAAACCACACUAUUGAUGCAGGAUAAAACCACACUAUUGAUGCAGGAUAAAACCACACUAUUGAUGCAGGAUAAAACCACACUAUUGAUGCAGGAUAAAACCAACACUAUUGAUGCAGGAUAA